CGAAACUGUUUGAUUUUUUAAAACUGUGAUAAAAAAAAAUGGUUGUUGAAUGCUGUGUUUGACUGGCCUUUUAUGCGUAACCUUAAAAGCUAUACAUUUGGUGAGUGGUUGAUCUGUUUGAUAGAGUGAUUUAACUUGGAUAUCUGUGCUUCGUUUGACUGGGGGGAGUUUAUUGAAUAGAAUUUCUCAUAAUAUAUCGAUUUUAAGUAGUAGGGGAACUUUUAGGUAUUUAAAGCGGGUGAAAUUGUAGAUUUGGGUAUUUUCGUUUUAUGAAAAGUUGUUGUGGCUAAAAGCCUUACCAAACUUUGUUUCCAAUGAUUUCAAGUUGAUUGUGAGCAAUACUGCCCUGUGGUUUCUUUUGAUGUUUGCGUAUGCCAGGCUGCAUUUUGUUAACCCAAUGAAAGUUUAACACAACACACCUCUCAUUUCAUAGGAUAUUAUGUAUAUUCUUCCUUGAAUUCCUAGAUUUGGAUCUUGCAAAUUAGAGAUAAUUCGCAAGAGGAACUAUGAGUUGCUUUGGCUGUUGUGAAGAGGAUGACAUCCACAGAGCCGCUGAUAAUGGAGGUCAAUACGUUGUUAAACAUGCAGCAGGAAACGAUGGAGGUUACCAGACUUCUGAAACUGCAUCAAAGAGUGCUCAAACUGUGAAGGUUCAGCCUAUUGAAGUCCCUGUUAUUCCAGCUGAAGAAUUGAAAGAAAUCACAGAUAACUACGGUACAAAUUCUUUAAUUGGAGAAGGUUCCUAUGGAAGAGUUUAUUAUGGGGUCCUUAAAAGUGGGCAGCAUGCAGCAAUCAAAAAGUUAGAUGCCAGCAAGCAACCUGAUGAUGAGUUUUUGUCCCAGGUUUCUAUGGUAUCAAGGUUGAAACAUGAAAACUUUGUUCAAUUGCUUGGUUACUGUGUUGAUGGCAGCUCCCGUAUACUUGCCUAUGAGUUUGCAUCAAAUGGAUCACUGCAUGAUAUUCUCCAUGGGAGAAAAGGUGUUAAGGGAGCUCAGCCUGGCCCUGUUCUGACAUGGGCCCAGAGAGUAAAAAUUGCUGUUGGAGCUGCGAGAGGGCUUGAAUACUUGCACGAGAAGGCUGAUCCUCACAUCAUUCAUCGUGACAUUAAGUCCAGCAACGUGCUAAUAUUUGACGAUGAUGUGGCAAAGAUUGCUGACUUUGAUUUAUCAAAUCAGGCUCCUGAUAUGGCAGCUCGUCUUCAUUCCACUCGUGUACUUGGAACCUUUGGUUAUCAUGCUCCUGAAUAUGCAAUGACAGGUCAAUUAAAUGCCAAGAGCGAUGUAUACAGCUUUGGUGUCGUGCUGCUUGAGCUUCUAACUGGGAGAAAACCUGUUGAUCAUACUUUACCCCGUGGGCAGCAAAGUCUUGUGACAUGGGCUACACCAAGGCUUAGUGAAGACAAGGUCAGGCAGUGUGUUGAUCAAAGACUAGGGGGAGAUUAUCCUUCCAAGGCUGUCGCUAAGAUGGCUGCUGUUGCUGCAUUGUGCGUGCAAUAUGAAGCUGAUUUUCGGCCAAAUAUGAGCAUCGUUGUCAAAGCUCUACAGCCGCUGCUAAAUGCUCGGCCCGGACCUGUUGAAACACCAAGCACAUAAUUUUAUACGUCAUACGCACAGACACUCUCUCACCCUUUGUAUCUCUAUAGCCUGUGCGUGCAGUAGUGUUCACACGCAGCAUCCAAAAUAUACAAUGAGGGGACAAUUAGAAGGUGGUGAUAAUUUGUUGAAAAUUCCAAAUGCAUCCAUUAUACACUGUAUUCGAUUUGUUCAUAAUGUGAGUUAUUCGUUGUUUUUUUCCCUUGCAUAUAUGUUCAUGGUAUUCCAACUUGAAUCCUUUUUGUAAAUUUUUUCUUAACCUUUAUUCAUUUCAUGAUUGGUGUUA